GCUUUCUUCGUGACACCAGCACUCGGAAGAAGUUGUCGCGGGGAAGAAUUGUGUUGAGGGUUCCCAUCCUCUCGUCCACCGCCAAACCCUAAAGAAAAGAGACGUUCUCUCUCUGCUCCUCCUCCUUGUUGUUGGGCUCAGGUUUUGUGUUUGGGUUCUUGAAAUGGGGUUGAGAGAUAUUGGGGCGACGCUGCCACCUGGGUUCAGAUUUUAUCCCAGUGAUGAAGAGCUGGUGUGCCAUUAUCUGUACAGAAAGAUUGCCAAUGAGGAGGUGCUGAAGGGGAGUUUGGUUGAAGUCGAUUUGCACACUUGCGAGCCAUGGCAACUUCCUGAGGUGGCGAAGCUCAACGCGACCGAGUGGUACUUCUUCAGCUUCCGCGACCGCAAGUACGCCACCGGCUACCGGACCAACCGCGCGACGAUAUCAGGGUACUGGAAAGCCACGGGCAAGGACCGCGUGGUGCACGACCCGAGCACGCAGGAGGUCGUGGGGAUGAGGAAGACACUGGUCUUUUACCAGAACAGGGCUCCUAAUGGGAUCAAGACCGGUUGGAUCAUGCACGAGUUUCGCUUGGAGUCCCCGCAUAUGCCUCCCAAGGAGGAUUGGGUGUUGUGUAGAGUGUUCUACAAGAGCAAGGAAGAUAACGCCAUCAACACGUUGCCGAGCCCACACUACACGUUCAAGGAAGCAACGGCCGCAUCAUCAGCUCCAUCGGCGAAUUUCGACACGUCCCAUUAUAUUUCCUCCCCGAAUCAAGCCUUCUCUUGUGGGAUGAUGACCUACCCUCAGGUUGCUUCGUUGUCCUCAACGUCGUCGUCUCUCCUCAGCCACAAGCCCCACUCCACACCGAAUCUUCCGCAUCAGUCCAAGGGAGCAAGCACCAAGCUCAUCGAUGAUGGUUACGGAUUCAUGUGGGACAUGAACUUCGGAGACAACAGUUUGGUAGGAGAUGCGUUGCCCUCGAACUUGGAUGACAUGAGCAUUGACAUGGACGGUGGCUCAGUUUUCCUCUAGUUAGCAACUGCGUCUUCCAGCACAUUCAUGCGGUCGUGUAUAGAGUCGAAUGCUGUUGUACACUAUGACUUUUGUGUCCGGGCGAGAAUUUGGGAGUUCUUGCUUGCUUAGGUCUGUAACAAGUUAGUGUCGGAUAUAGGUUCUGUUUGAUAGUGCUUCGGGUUACUUGUGAAUUUUCGUUAUGUACAUAGGGAUAGAUGAAAGAUAUGUCAUGGGAUUUAUCAGACGCAGUUCCGUAUCUUUUCCAGUUCAAGUAUGUGAAUGACGUGAUCUGUGGCUUAA